UCGAGGCUAAAAACUGAAGCCAUUGCCAAAGUACCAAAAACCGCAGUUCAUCAAAUGACCAGGAGGCUGACUCUAAAACAGAGUCAACCCCCAUGGAUCCCCAAGUUGAAAUGCCCAACUUUAUCCGAAAUAAACAUGUUUUCAGCCUAGUACAAAAACAAUUUUGCUCUCUAUAGUUAAUUUCAAUAUUCACACUGUACAGGGGGUGAAUAUUUUAUAACUCACCUGUUUACAUUUGCUUAAGGCCCAUAGUUAGGGUUAUUUAGGGGCAUGGCUACUUGAGUGACAGGCUGCACUGGGUGAGUCAGAUCCACCCUCGCUCCAACACAGCACUAAUCUCUAAUAUGGUCACUUCUGGCUCCAAAAAACCAAGAUGGUGACGGCCAAAAUGCCAAAACUGGUGGCUUCAUAACAACAAAGCAAUGGGUAACUACGGAAGAGGAUUAGUUCUGACUUUAAUCUCAGAAUUAUGAGAUUAAACUCAGAAGUCAGAAUUCUGAGAAAAAAGUCAGAACUCACUUUUUUUUCCACAGUGGCCCUAAUCCUCUUCAGUAGCUAAUCCUCUUCCAUACAUAUGCACUUAAUGAAUGAAAAUUAUGAAAAUGAAACGCACAAUUCACGCUUGAAAUGUUAUUAAAACACAUUUUAAUACUGAAACUAUCAUAAAAUAUUGUGUUGUCCACUGUUUUCUCCCUUUGAACCCUGAGCAAAUCAUCUUAAUUUCUUUAAAUACAUGAAAACAAGGCAACGAAAGAAGAAAUGACCCCAAAAAAUAGCAAGAAAUUAGUAAAAAGAGAAAAUUAAAAACAAGAAAGUUAUUUUCAAAGAAGACAAAGAAAUUUUAAAACAAACAAACAAAUAGGAAAAUGACCUGGAAAUGAGAAAUUGGUGCACUUUCUUCAAGAAGCACAAGAGAAGUGAUGUCUCUCCAGGUUUCAAAGGGUCAACACAAAUGUCCACCAUUUUCUUCUGUAAUCACAGAAAGACACUUGGCAGUCACAUGAAGUGUACAUGGGCCAAAAAAAUAUAGGCAUCUCACAGGAGCUAUUAUUACAUUAAUAUAAUCUAUAUUGUAGAUCACACAGACAGAUAAACUCAAGUGGAGGCAGUGACAGUUUUGCUUUGACAAUUUACUUUGUGGUAACAGCUGGAACGUGACAGUGUGGUAAUAAAGUGUCAACAGUGUGGCCUCAGAUCACCAUGAAAACAUGGUUAAUGGCACGUUUUUUACUUUCAUUUUUACUCUCAUGGGAUAAUGAAGGGGCUUUCGCUUUUGCUCUUUUUUUGUUACAAGGCUGAAACGUGAUUUAACGUUACCACAACAAGUUUGGUCUUGUCAAUAUCGAAACAUGUUCAGUCACACUUUCACUGUCAUUCCUCUGUGUGGGGAUUAGGGCGUUCCCAGGGUUUACUUCUGAGAGAUUGUUUAAGAAGUGGUAAUUAGGGAACAACUGUAACAAAAUGAAAAAAGAAAAAAGGUUUAUGUGUGUGUGGCAUAUGACUUUAAUUUGUAAUAUACAACCUUUGAUUACCUUUUAAUGACAGGAGUUGGUGUUUGGAAGGAGGGUCCUACACAAACAGGUGCAGCCAACAGCUGUUCUCUUUUUCACCUUUAUAAGGAGAUUACCUAAAAGUCUGACAGACAGAGCUUGCUGCCGUCUUUCAGAAGCAUUCAUCCCAGAUCAUAUUGUUGCACAGCUGUUACGCAUAAAUCCAUCAUGGCUUUGAAUGCAGCACUUUGUGCUGUUGAUGCUGCACUUUUUACUGCUGAUCUGCUUCCAACACACUGUCAGUGUUCCAUCGAGAUAACAAAUAAAUCCUCUAACUACACCCUCUGUAACCCCAGUGGUUACUGCGCCAAGCCUUUGCCACCAAGUAUUGACCCGACUUCAUCUGGGAAUGCACUCUUCACCAAGACUGCCAAUGCUGCUCGAGGAGCUGUUGGUGUCUUCACUUAUGAUCUCCUCGACAAAUCUACCAAGGAGUCCACUGAGAAAAUAGCUGUCAUGUUCUCUGUGCCCUAUGACUACAACCUGUACUCCAACUGGUACGCAUUGGGAAUCUUUGAAAAGAGCAAAGAGUGUGAUCAUAAUCUUUAUUAUCACAUGUACAACAACACAGACCACACAUUUGUCAGAAAAAAAGCAGGCCUCAGUGUCAGUCACAGGAAGGAUCGAGUUGCCAUCAUGACAUCGAUGGCAGACUCUUACCAGCCUGUCAUGAAGAUAGAAGUUAAAGAUAACUGAAGUAAGAGAAUUAAGAAGUGCUCAAAAGUACAUGGCACUGUAAACAGCACAUUUGUGCAUUUUCCAACUAUUCUGCUUUCAAAUGUUUGCUUUUUUUAUUACAGAUGAUUCUGUGCCAACAGCUAAUAUAUUACACUGUGUUAUUUUGAUGAAUUUUGUUCUAAGCAUUCAAAACUAGGAAUACGGACUUAAGAUUUUCAUUAUGCUUUACAACAUUACUCUGCUGCUGUAAUAUGUACUGUCUGUAUUAGAGCACAAGAUGGAUGUCCUUCAAAAUAAGAGAAAAGGAUAAUGCAUUUGAUAGAUAACAUAUACUGUGAUUUCAGCUGUAAUGUUUUGUGUCACAUUUAUUGGCUUCAUUAGAUCAUGAGUUAUGUACUGUUUUAAACAUCACUUCAGUUUAAAUCUCAAAUAUUAAAAAUUGCAAUACGUCAGUA